CGAGCUGGGCAGCGGCAGCUCCCGGCGAGCGGCAGUGCUCGGGGACCUCUUCGCGCCAAACCCCAGUGCCUCCUGCUCCCGGCUCUCCCGGCGGCGGGGGCUGCAGCAGCGAGCUUGCCCCGAACUCGCCGCCCUGCCUUACUGAAACUUUCUGUGCUUUCCUUUCCAGCUGCCUCGCUCGCUAGACUAGGGGAGCGACAUGGUGGCCACCUGCUUGCACCUGGCUGGAUUUGUCUGCAGCUUUGUUGGGUGGAUCGGGGUGGUUGUCGCGACGGCCACCAACGACUGGGUAGUGACUUGCGGCUACACCAUUACCACCUGCAGGAAGAUGGACGAGCUGGGAUCCAAAGGGCUCUGGGCAGACUGUGUCAUGGCCACGGGCCUCUACCACUGCAAGCCCCUCGUGGACAUCCUCAUCCUGCCAGGGUAUGUCCAAGCCUGUCGAGCACUGAUGAUCGCCGCCUCAGUUCUGGGUCUUCCAGCUAUUUUCUUGCUGAUAACGGUCUUGCCCUGUAUCCGGAUGGGCCACGAGCCUGGAGCUGCCAAGUACCGGCGUUCCCAGCUGGGAGGAAUCCUCAUCAUUCUCCUGGCCAUGUGCGGCGUCGUGGCGACCAUCUGGUUCCCCGUGUGCGCCCACCGCGAGACCACCAUCAUGAGCUUUGGCUACUCGCUGUACACAGGCUGGAUCGGCUCUGCCCUCUGCCUCUUCGGCGGCUGCGUCAUCGUCUGCUGCUCGGGGGACGCCCAGACGUUCGGCGAAAACCGCUUCUACUACGCCUCGGGCUCCAGCUCCCCCACGCACGCCAAGAGCGCCCACGUGUAAGCGCCGGAGGCUCCCAGGCUGCGGUCCGCUGCUGUGGCUGCUGGGUUUGUGCGCGCUGCGUUGGCUGGCGGCGACGCGCGCGGCUGCCAAGCUCCCAGGGGAAGACUUAGGAAAGCAGCACAAAUGUCGGGUAGUUUAAAGCAUUAUCGUCCCCAUCUGUCGCCCCCUUUUCUGGAAGGAAACCUCUAGCGAGCCCAACCUGCCGGCACUGCCCGUUUCAUCCGGCCGCCUGCCCCACUUCUCGCGGUCGGGGCGGCUCGCGUGGCCGGGUGGGUGUCUAGGGGUUUCGUUUUCUAGCUCGCCCCGUUACAGGAGAGUUUAAAGCAAUAAAACAGAAACGAGAGAGACGCUUUCCCGCUGUUAAAAGGGCUCUGGCAGCUUCUCCGAUCGCGUAACUCUUUGCUUUCCCGUGUCCAAGGUCACCGCUCCGGCGAGGUUUGGGUGAGGGGUAGGGAGGCAGGCUGGACUCUCCGACCAGGCAAACGUUUCUCUUUUGGAAGAGCAGGGGAUUUGUUUUCCUUUCUCUGUAAAUACUUUUGUAUGGAUUUAUUCAUUUUAGUAACAGUGUUUCCCCCCACCCCCACAUUCAUCAGUAUGAAGGAAGCAGAACCCAAAGGUCCUAAUUAGAAAGUAAAUAACCGUGCAUUUCUGUAUAUUUUUAAAUGACUUAGGGGGAUCUAAUCCCUGCUCUCUGUUUUUUUUUUCCUUUGUACAGUUCAGUUACUAAAAAUGUUAUUUUUGCAUUUUUUUAAAACUUUCUUUCCUUCCUUUCCAUUAAUUUGUGU